UGUUUCAUCUCUCUCCCCACAAGCUUCCAAACAAAGAGAAUUAAUGGAAAGUGAGAUUUGCAAGGUUUAUUCUCCUUGUUGUCCUCUCCUGUACGCAGUUUAACAUGAAACACCAAACAAAAAUCCUCUCCUGUUUCAUGGGUGUCUGUCCUCUCUCUUUUUCUUCAGUCCGCAAUCCAAAACCAUGAUUAAUCUCCAUCUGAUCAAAUUCAAGAACCAGAUAAGUUUUACACCCACCUCAUCAAUCCAUGGCAUAUCUUGCCAAUACUAACCAUCUCCAUCAUCAAAGAAGCUGGCCGGUAUGACCAAUAUGGUUCCUGCUCAAACCCUGUCCAACCAACAAUAUUAUCAUCAUCUCUUUCACGGUUAUGGUGGUGCCUUUGCUAGUUUUCCACAAGUUAUGAGCCGGGUUCAAGGUUAUGAUGAGUGCUUAGGAUCUGAUCUAGCAGAUAAUAACAAUACUAAUAAUAACAAUAAGAAUAUUUCUAUGGCGGAAGAUGAUUCAAGAACUAACAGCCUUAAUGAAGCGGCAGGCUCCAGCACCAGAGAUAACACAAGUAAUAUUAUUCCAAAUACAGUCCGAGAAGACAGUAUCAGAGAUGACGACCCCGGUUGGCUGCAACUGAGUAUAGGUCGUCAAACGACGACAUAUGAGGCAAACAAGCGAGCCGAUCAAACCGCCGGGACAAGUGUAUCAGCGCCGGCGCCGGUGGAGCUCGAUCUGUUGCCUUCGCCUAAUAACUCUCAGCAGCUAAUUACGCCAUUAGCCCCUUUUUUCAACAGCCUGCAGCCUGAGUAUAAUCCACCUCCCGUAAUAUUUCAACAGCAACAAAACCAAGCGAGUAGCUCCUCAAUGUUUUUUCCUCAUCAUCAUCAUCAAGAGAACAUUAGCUGGGUGUUUAGGCCUCUACUCCAAAAUACAGGAUCCGUUUCGUCUUCAUCGAGCUCGUCUAUGAUGCCAGUGAUGAGGUCUUACUUUUCCCGGCCAUUCCAAUUGCAGAUGGGAAUUGUUGAUGGUGCUGGGUCAACCACCGAUUUUAGAGUGAUUGAUCCUCCAAGAAGACCCCAUUCUGGCAUUUGGUUCGUGCUCCAAGCGUCACAGAAUCAAGCGAAAGAGCCAUUUUUGCCCCAGAUACCUAAGAGCUACUUGAGAAUCAAGGACGGGAGGAUGACAGUUCGGUUAUUAAUGAAGUAUCUGGUGAACAAGCUGAAACUGGAUAGCGAAUCAGAGAUAGAGAUAAGAUGUAGAGGGCAAGCACUUCUACCAUUCUUGACACUGCAACAUGUAAGAGAUACAAUAUGGAGUGUAAGAGAUGCUGUGACUUUGCUUCCUGACUCCUCUACUGCUGAUCAUCUCAUGGUGCUUCACUAUGGUAGGACUAUAUAAUUUUUAUAUUACAU